UAUGUGCUCGGAUCGUCGCAUAUUCCGCACCGAUUCUUGUUGGGUUGAGAAAAAAACGUAAAAAAUGUAACACACGCACGAUGUUGAACUAAAAUAGCAAGAUGGCGUUUCCAUAAGAAUAUUGGUAGGAUUGUCUUUUAUCUAUCAUUGCAUUACCCAAAACUGACUAUGUUUUAAGUUAUAAUUAUUUUAUUUUUUUUGGCCAAACAAAAAGCAAGUUUGACUUCUGGGAUUCAAAUGUUAUGCAUUUUUUUUGUUGUUUUUGUUUUUGUUUGGCUUAUCGUGACUGAUCUGUGAUGUUCCGUCUUGCAUUUUGACUACAUGUGGCAACCCGGAUCCAUACCUUUUAAAAGGCUACUGUGAAUAACGUCGUGUAUUCAUCAGCGGUCCAGUUUUGCAGGGGAGGACAUGGCUGGGAUCAUUCUAACUCGGUCCAUCUCACGGUCACUAUUGCCUGCAAGCAAGCACGUCAAGACCAAAGGACUGACCAGACAAUACUGGACUCCUCGCAGGAAGCCCCUUCUCACAGGUGGAAGGACGGCUACUUUGCUUUUGUCGUUGCCGGCCUUAUCUUUCCUGGGAAGCAAAACGUACAGGAGGCUGCAUGUGGUCCAUGCUCUGGACAAAGCCGAAGAGGACUUGGAGCAAGCCGACUACCUGUACAGCUGUGGAGACACGGAGAAGCUUCACCAGCUGCUGCUGCCAUACAAGGACAGCGAGGACGCCGAGCUGCUGUGGAGGCUGGCCCGCACCUCCCGGGACCUGGGCCAGCUCUCCACGGUCGCCCCCGGCGACAAGAAGCGGCUGGCGUACGAGGCCUUCGAGUACGCCAAGAGAGCGCUGGAGAAGGACGACGCCUGCUUCGCCGCUCACAAGUGGUAUGCUGUGUGUUUAAGUGAUAUUGGCGAGUAUGAAGGGAUAAAAGUAAAAAUAGGAAAUUCCUAUAUCAUAAAAGAACAUUUAGAGAGAGCAAUUGAGUUGAACCCAAAAGACGCAACUUCCUUCCACAUCCUGGGGUAUUGGUGUUUUGCCUUUGCCGAGUUGCCAUGGUAUCAGCGCAAAGUUGCCGCCAUGAUCUUUGCGUCGCCGCCCACUGCCACGUAUGAAGAGGCUUUGGAGUUCUUUCUGAAAGCAGAAGAAGUGGAUCCAAACUUCUACAGCAUGAACCUGCUGAUGUUGGGGAAGGCCUACCUGAUGCUGGGGGAGAAGGACAAGGCCAUUCACUGGCUCAGCAAGUCCAGGGACUACCCUGCCCACAACGAGGAGGACCGGGAGGUCCGAAAGCAGGCCCUUGAUCUCCUGAAGAAGAUAAACGGAUGAAGGUACGGAUGGGUAUCGCUACGACAAUCACUGUGAGCGCCUGGAGUUCCGAGGUGUCACAGAAAGGGUCUCGAGGAACAGCAACUUCGAAUGAACUGUUUAGUAUUCACAGCAGAGGACUUUGGUACCACACUGAACCAUUGGUCUCUUCUGAAGCAUGGGGAAGAGACACUAAAUACUGGCAUUAUAUCUAUUAGUGUAACUGAGCAUCACGUAUGCUGUGACACAUUUUCUAGAAGUACUCUAUGAUGCUGCGAUAACACUUUCAUAGUGCUAAUAACCAGGCCAUGAAUGUUUUAGCAUGAUUUAGGGAAUGUAGCAUUAACCCCAAAAUUUAACUCGUUUCAUUUUAAUGACUUCAUUUAAAACAUUUUAUUUUUUCAAUUCAGAAUACUGUAUAGUGGUUAACAAACUUUGCAAGUCCUGUGCAACUUGAAUAAAAUCUUUUUAAUUGUAUAUAUCGUA